AUGGCAUAUGGGAGUUUUGAAAAAUAUGCAAUUACGUCUAUUUUUUUGAAGAUUUUGCUUUUUCCGGCUUAUAGAUCAACAGAUUUCGAAGUUCAUCGGAAUUGGAUGGCAUUAACCCAUAGUCUUCCAUUAUCUAAGUGGUAUUAUGAUGAUACAUCACAGUGGACUUUGGAUUAUCCUCCGUUCUUUUGUUGGAUGGAAUAUUUAUUUUCUUUGUUUGGACAAUGGAUAGAUCCAGAGAUGUUAAAAGUUACUAAUCUUAAUUAUGCAAGUAAUAAAACUAUAUAUUUUCAGAGAUCAACUGUUAUUAUUAUGGAUUUUAUGUUAAUAUAUAGUUUAAAGAGGUAUAUCCAAUUAAAUCAUUCUUCAGAAAAAAAAUUAUCUAAAAUUGUUGCUAUUUCUAUUAUUCUUUCUCCUGGACUAUUUAUUGUUGAUCAUAUUCAUUUUCAGUAUAACGGAUUUUUAUAUGGACUACUUCUUUUGUCUAUUUGUUAUGCGAAAAAUUCCGAUAAAAUUCUGAGAAGCUGUGUUAUUUUUUUGAUUUUAUUAUGUUUUAAACAUCUUUAUCUUUAUCUUGCACCAGCAUAUUUUGUAUAUGUUAUCCGUGUAUACUGUUUAUCGUCAAACUUGAGAAGAGUUAAUGUUAAAAACACCAUUAAAUUAAUUAUUUCUGUUUUUUUGGUUAUAGCGUUAGCUUUUGGUCCAUUUGUAUAUUAUAAUCAAAUAGGGCAGAUAAAAUCUAGACUUUUUCCGUUUUCAAGAGGCUUAACCCAUACUUAUUGGGCACCUAACGUAUGGGCUUUGUAUUCUUUUAUUGAUAGAGUUUUAAUUGCAUUGGCCCCGCAUUUAAAUAUUGUUCCUAGACAAGAAGCUAUUUCGUCUUUAACUAGAGGAUUAGUAGGUGAUACAUUUUUUGGAAUUCUUCCCAAUAUUACACCUAUGAUUACUUUUACUAUUACAUGUUUUUUUCAGAUGAUUUAUCUGGUUAAAUUAUUUAUAAGACCAACGUAUAAUGUAUUUCUUGGUGCAGUUAUACUUUGCGGAUUCUCUUCUUUUAUUUUCGGAUGGCAUGUGCAUGAGAAAGCAAUACUUAUGGUUAUAAUUCCAUUUAGUCUUCUUGCUCUUAGAGAUAGGAGGUAUUUUACAGCAUUUUGUCCUUUGGUUAUUGCCGGAUACGUUUCUCUUUUUCCUUUAAUUUUUACUCCAUUAGAAAGUUUUAUUAAGUUUGUAUAUACUAUAACAUGGUUAUUGGUAUUUCUCGUACCAUCUGAAAUUAUGGUACCUGCAUCUGAAAAGAGAAUUUUUCUUUUAAACCGUGCUUCUUCCAUUUAUAUUUUUAUAUUUAUUCCUCUUUUGAUUUAUACGACUUUUUUUCAUGACUUAAUAUUUGGAUCAACAGAAAAAUAUCAAUACUUUCCGUUAAUGUUGAUUAGUACGUAUUGCUCUUGGGGCAUUUUGUGUUCAUGGUUUGGAUUUUCAUUAUUAUAUCUUACUGAUUUAUCAUAA